AUGUGUUUCCAACUAUGGAAAGUGGUGCUGCUGCUCCUUCUGCCCGCUUGGGCUCUGGGCAGGGCCGCGGCUCCCGAUCUGGACGAGGACUGUGAACUGAAUACAGUGGAUACUAUGCACGACUUUUGCUGCGACCUGCACGAUGAGAGUCCCCAGUUUAGCGAUUGCCAGAUCAAGUGGCAUGAGAAGAUUCCAUACGAGACGGACGAGGAGGAGCAGACCUACAUGUUUUGCACCGCAGAGUGCAGUUUCAACAGCACGGAAUUCUUGGGCAAGGAUCGCCGGUCGCUAGUUCUCGACCAGGUUAAGGAACAGUUGGAAAUGGAUUUGGUCAACGAUGACGAUAUUGAGCUGCUCUAUCAGACGUACAUCAAGUGCGACAAACAUGCUCUUGAACUUCUGCCUCAUAAGGCUGUCAAAAAACUAGCCAGGCGCCUUUCCAAGCACGGCUGUCAUCCGUAUCCCGGCUUGGUGCUCGAAUGCGUGGCAAAUGAGAUGAUCCUCAACUGUCCCGUCAAGCGGUUUCACCAAACAGCCCAGUGCGAAGCCACGCGCAAUCAUCUGAGGCAGUGCAUGCAGUACCUAAAGUAUAAGGCCUAA